CAACAUGGAUGGAGUGAAUGAUUUUCAUGAUGAUUCCUUCAUGUUCACAUCAGAGUCAGUGGGAGAAGGCCAUCCAGAUAAGAUUUGUGACCAGAUCAGUGAUGCUGUCCUUGAUGCACACUUGAAGCAGGACCCUGAUGCCAAAGUGGCCUGUGAGACUGUAUGUAAGACUGGUAUGGUGCUUCUAUGUGGUGAGAUCACAUCACGGGCCAAUGUGGACUACCAGAAAGUUGUGAGGGAUACCAUCAAACAGAUUGGUUAUGAUAACUCUGAUAAAGGUUUUGAUUAUAAGACCUGCAAUGUACUUGUGGCUCUGGAGCAGCAAUCUCCUGAUAUUGCACAAGGUGUCCAUGUCGACAGACACGAAGAGGAUAUUGGAGCUGGAGACCAGGGUCUGAUGUUUGGUUAUGCCACUGAUGAGACUGAGGAGUGCAUGCCCCUGACCAUUGUCCUGGCCCACAAACUCAAUGCCAAGAUGGCUGAACUCCGUCGUGAUGGGACUAUUCCUUGGCUCCGUCCAGACUCCAAAACACAGGUGACUGUGCACUACAAACAGGAGAACGGAGCUGUGAUUCCACAGCGCGUGCACACUGUGGUCAUCUCAGUGCAACAUGAUGAUGUCAUCUCACUGGAGGAGCAGAAGAGGAUUCUGAAAGAGAAGGUCAUCACGGCCGUGGUGCCAGCCAAGUACCUUGACAACAAAACCAUUUACCACCUGCAGCCUAGUGGUCGCUUUGUCAUUGGAGGUCCUCAGGGAGAUGCUGGCGUCACGGGGAGGAAGAUCAUUGUGGACACAUAUGGAGGAUGGGGCGCUCAUGGCGGUGGGGCCUUCUCUGGGAAGGAUUACACCAAGGUGGACCGCUCUGCUGCCUAUGCUGCCCGCUGGGUGGCCAAGUCUCUGGUUAUGGCCAAACUCUGCAGGAGAGUCCUGGUGCAGGUAUCUUAUGCUAUUGGAGUUGCCCACCCCCUGUCUGUCUCUAUUUUUACCUAUGGCUCUUCUGAAAAAACAGAGAAAGAGCUACUUCAGAUUGUCAACAAGAAUUUUGACCUUCGGCCUGGUGUCAUUGUUAGGUAUAUAUCCAUAUUGGACCUGAAACUGAAGUGGCCGAUUUACCAGAGCACUGCCUGCUACGGCCACUUUGGCCGACCUGAAUUUACCUGGGAGGUGCCCAAGGACCUGAAGUAUUAAGCUGAGCAAGACAGUAAAGAGACAUCCAUGAGACAACCACAAAGGGGCAGGAUAACAGAGAACAACCUCACAAUCUUCCACCUCUUUCCAUAAUAUCCAUAACGAAUGAAAAUUAUCUCUUGCUGUAUAGAAGUUCUAGGAGUGUAGGAAUCUUUUAUUACUACACAAUCCAAAUUACCAUACAGUCAUGCAGCAUUUAGGCUCUCACCUAAUUCAUUUUAACAUGUAGAAUGUUCUUACGCAUUUCUAAUUUGAUUUACAAGUUAUUCUAGCAACAGUUUUAUUGAAUAUCAAACCAUCAUAUGGACAGUGCUUAGCAUGGAAUGAUUUCUUGCUUUACCCGCUCUAUUUCAGAGCCCAAAGCAUGGAUAUUAAUAUUUAUAAUUGAAAUAAAUAUAAAAUCAUUAGUCUUAAAUCUGUACUACAGGCCAGUUCCAACUUAGUACAUUGCAUGACAGUACCAGAUCAGACUCACAGAUAGAAAUGUUCCAUUUUUGAAAUAGUGAAUUUCACAGAUUUUAAGUUCAUUAUAGCCUGUAACAAUGGGUCAUAAGUCAAAGUUAAUUUAAUUAAUUUUUGAUUUCUCCAAGUAUCUUAAUAUGUUAUAUACAAGUUAGCAUCUGAAUAUCUACCUGUGGUAUAUUACUUUCUUCUAGAACUUACUGCAGCUUAAUGUUUUUUCUAUCUAAAAAAAAAUUAAGUUGUAAUAUUAAAAUGUUUGGUGUGAGGCUAUUAUUGAUGCUAAAACAUUGCAAGCAGCACAUAAUAUACAAUUAUUCUGUGCGUUAUGUCUAAUAUGUUAAAAACAAUCUUUUAUAGCCUCUAUAUGGCAUUAAUUGUGUAAUAUAAGUGUUGUAGACUGGAGGCAGUGGUAGACUGAUCACACAAGUAAGGAAUUCCUGCCUGUUUACAUGUACAGAUUCACUGUAGUGUACAAAAACAUUACUCAGCAGAGGCCAGUGUUUAUUAACUAAACCCACAUCAAGCUGUGACUAAGAAAUACAUCAGCCACAGUGGGACUGUUAUCUUUCCAUAUGUCUCCAAAAGAUGCUACUCCAGUAGUAACCACUAUAGUAUUACAUGCUUCCAUAAGGCAAGUUCUUUUUCAAUGACUUCUGUAUUAAAGAUUUGUAAUAUGAUCCAUGUAAAUAAUUGUGAAUAAUUAUUAAUAAACUAUUGGAAAGCA